AUGAAUACACAAGAAGAACAAUUAAUCGAUGAAAAUACAUGUUUACUUAAUAAAAAAUUACCGAAAGAACUUAUUUUAAGUUCAACUCGUUCUAAUUUGGAAUUUUGGGAUAUAUCAUGGUGUACGAAUAUAACAGAAGGUGAAAUUCGAAUUCUAGCUGAAUCAUGUCCGAAAUUAACAAGUUUUAAAGCUGAAGGAUAUACUCAAAUGACAAAUAAUGCAGCUAUUGAACUUGGAAAAAAUUGUUCAAAUUUAUUAUUGCUUGAUUUAAACCGAUGUCCUCAAAUGAAAAAACUCAAUGACAAUGGUCAAUUUGAGAAGGCUCUCACUUUAUAUGAAGAUCAAAUUGAAAAACAAAACAAACAAAGUACUAAUUUCACUAUAGAUCAAGUUUUAAAAGCUUGUAUUGAACUUGGUGAUAUUAAACGUGCUAAAGAUAUUCACAACAAACUUUCCCCUACUAUGGCUAACAAUUCCUUUAUUCAAUCUAAUCUAAUUCGUCUAUAUAGUCUUGUCGAUAAUAACCGUUGUGAAGAAGCAUUGAAGUUUUUUCGAGAAAUCAAUAUUACACCAAGUGAAUUUACUUUUAGUAUUUUAUUUAAAAUCUGCACAGAGAUCGCCGAUCAACGUUCGUUAGAAUUUGGAAAAUUAAUAUUUGAUCGAAUGCCUAAAAAAUUUUAUAAUAAUAUCGUGAUAAUAACUUCUGCUUUACAAAUGUUUCUAAAAUGUGGUGACAUUUCCACGGCUGAAGAAUUAUUUAAUCGAAUACAGAACAAAAAUUUAAUUGUUUUUACUGUAAUGAUGAAAGGUUUUGUUUUAAACAAAAUGGAAGAACGAGCUAUUGAUCUUUUCUUUAAAAUUGACAAACCAAACAAAAUCAUUUUGAGUAUAUUUUUUAAGGCUUGUGCUCAAUUAAAAAGUGAAAAAGCAUUAACUUUGGGUAAAAAAGUGUUUAAUAAAUUAGUCAUUGAAUCUAAUCAAUCAAAUGUUUUCUUAUAUUCGGUUUUAAAUAUGUUUAUUCAAUGUGAUGAUCUUAAAAGUGCUGAAUCUUUAUUUGAUCGAAUUAAUCGAGAUAUUAUUUCUUAUGGAUCAAUGAUGAAAUUUUCUAAUGUUAAAGAUCAACCAGAGAAAACUUUAGAAUUAUUUCAAAGAAUGAAAAAAGAUAAUUUAAAUCCAAAUGAAAUUAUUUUUGUGCACACUUUCGGCUAUGUUUGA